AUGUUUACCAGUGUUAACUAUCUAGGGUACCAUGAUCUUCAAUGGUUGCUAAUAACGUAUUAUCCCCUAAAUAAAUUGAAGAAUCUAUCCAAUGGUAAGUGUUUCACUGAUCCUAAUUUUGGUAGAGGGCAACAUAAGAACAGGCGCAAGGCUGACUUCGUAAUGGUUAAGAAAGGUUUUAAUAAAAUUGUUAAAAAAAUUAUAGUUAUUCCAGGAGACGAAAUAAAAACCUUAAAUAAUGAAGCUACCGAGACGAAAAUUUUAUUAGGUCCAGGUUUAGUAAGGGAUGGCAACCUGGUCAAGGCAACCAAGUGUGGUGUUUUUGUGGAAAAUGUUUUUAAAGGAAGAACUUUAUUGUAUGUGAAUUCUUCUCAAAAACGGUACAUCCCCGCUUUGGAAGAACGCGUUAUCGGAAUAAUUACAGAUAGAUAUUCGGACACUUUUAAAGUAAAUAUUGGUAGUAGUGCCCUUGCCUCUCUAGAUAUGUAUUCAUUUGAGGGGGCUACAAAGCGUAAUAAACCUUCUUUGAAAAAAGGAGAUUUAGUUUAUGGGAGGCUGAUUACUGCCCAUAAGGAUAUGGAACCCAUUUUAUCGUGUGUAGAUAAUGCUAACAAAAGUGCUGGGAUGGGUGGGUUGAAAGAAGGUUACUUAUUUUCUUGCUCAAGCAACCUCUGUCGAAGAUUGCUUAAGCCUCACUGCGUCAUCCUUGAGAGUAUGGGAAAGUUGCUUCCUUACGAAAUUACAGUUGGGUUGAACGGUCGCAUUUGGGUUAACUCAACCUCCAUAGAAAAUACUAUACAACUAGUGUCACUUAUUCAAAAAAGUGAGUAUAUGACUGACAAACAAAUUUGUAUAAUAAUUAAGGAAUUGGCUAAAAAUUUUGCCUAA